AUGUGUGUGAAAUUUAGUCUCCCGGAUUUAGGUCGGACGAGAAAGGUGGAGAAUAGAGUGGAGGAGAAGAUGGAGAAGUUGGAAAGGGUGAAGGUGGCAGAAGGACAAUUGGACGCUUCAAAAAUUGUAAAAGAUGUAACAUUGACAAGCCCAACAAGAGCUACUAAGUAUAUGAAAGCUGCUACAUCUCAAGUUGAACGUACUUUAUCGAAUGAUGCAGCAUUAUCAGUUCUAAUUGAACACAAGUUCUUAAAACGCAAAGAAAAUAACUGUAAAUUAUAUCCAUCCUAUAAUAAUGUUGUAAAAGCUAAAAGACUUUGUUAUCCACCACGUACUGACAUCACGAUCAAAGAGAAUUGUGCUGAAGUAAAAUUACAAAGUAUACUAGAUCACACGGCACAACAUAUUUUAUUACUGCAAAGGGAAGUUAUUGGUACUUUAAGCAUUGAAAACGUUAAAAAUUUGCAUCUCACUUGUAAGUGGGGUUGUGAAGGGAGCUCUGGGCACAGUGUUUAUAAGCAGAAAUUCAACGAAGCCGGCAUAUCAAAUGAAAAUGUGUUCUUCACGUCAUUUGUGCCAUUACAACUUGUUUGUAAAGACGAAGAAUUAGAUAUAAAUCUUGUAAUAUGGCAGAAUCCUAGAACAUCAUCUCCUAGAUUCUGUAGACCAAUAAGACUACAAUUUGAACAUGAAAAUGAUGAAACAACAGCUCAUGAAGUUGUUAAUAUCAAACAACAAAUAGAUUCGCUUAAUCCUCUUGUGACACAAGUACAUGGCAUGGAGAUCCGCGUUCAAUAUAACAUGAAUUUCACGAUGAUUGACAAUAAGGUUUGUAAUGCGGUGUCAGAAACGAAAUCAACGUUACAAUGUUAUUUAUGCGAUGCUACAUCCAAGGACUUCAAUGAUAUACGUAAGAUGCUACAAAGAAAAGUAGAAACAAGCAAUCUCCGAUUUGGAAUUUCGACACUGCAUGCCUGGAUACGUCUUUUUGAAUGCUGUUUGCAUUUAUCGUACAAACUUACAAUUAAAAAAUGGCGAGUAAAUUCUGACGAAGAAAGAGAAAUUGUCGACACACGUAAGUCAUUCAGUCACGUAAGAUCAUUUAAACAGGUUUUCGAACACAAUUAGGAUUAAUAGUCGAUCGUCCAAAGCCUGGUUGUGGAAGUACCAAUGACGGCAAUACGGCAAGACGUUUUUUCGAAAAUUCUACAGUAUCAGCCACAAUAACAGGCGUAUCCGAAAGCUUGAUAAAUCGAUUUCACGUCAUUCUGCAAGUUAUCUCUAGUGGAUUCGAAAUUGAUAAGGAAUUAUUUAGAGCAUAUUCUUUAGAAACUGCCAAUAAGUUCGUAGAAUUAUAUCCAUGGUAUUACAUGCCGACAUCAGUCCAUAAACUUUUAAUUCACGGCCCGGAAAUUAUAGAACACUUUUUAUUGCCUAUUGGACAAUUAUCCGAAGAAGCACAAGAGGCACGUAAUAAAGAUAUUAAAAGAUUUCGUGAAGAUUUUGCGCGAAAAUGCUCUAGAGAAAAAACGAUGGAAGAUGUUUUUAAAUGAUUGAUGAUUACUUCAGAUCCGUAUAUUUCAAGUCUACGACAACAACCACGAAAAUCUUUAAAAUCAUUAUUACCACAAGCCCUCGAAUUAUUAACUUCUCCGACAAUUCCUGUAUCGAGCACUGAUAAUUUACAAAUUGCUAUUAAUUAUGACAGCGAAUCGUCAGUUACUGAUAAUGAAUCCGAUGCUAAUUGCGAUUCUGAUAAUGACGAAGAUUUUUGUUUGUAAAAUUUUUUUUAACUCAUUUACAACAUUUUAAUGUACAAAUAAUAAUUGAAAAUAUAUAUUUUCUAUCUUCACUGAACCAAAAACAAUAAAUACUUUUAUUUUUCCCAAAGUCAUACGAUUUUUCACAUUUCAGUCCUAUAUUCUGCUUCUACUACGUUCUUUUCAUUUAUUUCCAUUUCAAAUUCGUGAUCAGCGAUGUCAAAAACCCCGCGAUAUCAAGUUUUUAGUCACUUUUUACAAUUUUUAAUAUACGCAUCCGCCAUAUUGGAUCCGCCAUUUUGUUUUUUUUUAAUUUCACUUCAGAUUCGUAAUCAGCGACGUCGAAAACAUUUAUAUAUCAAUUUUUACAAAAAUCGAACAAUGGCUUCAUAUUUUGGCCACAGUUUUCAUGAUUCUGGCCCACUGUGCGACGGUUGCACCGCAUACACUGAACCAGAGCUGGGAUUCCGAGCCUCGACUUGCAAAGCGGAGUACCCUCUCCAUGCGGCCUUCCCCUUAUGCACACACUGAGCGCUCCGUCUAUCCGUGUCGAGCGUCGCGUGAGUUGCCUGUCUCGCGCAGAGUGACAAAAAGAAAUCAUUCCCUCUCACUCUCUCGACUCGUACCGAAGUCGUUCCCGCUGAUUCUUUUUCGACAUGAAGCGUGGAUCGGAGAUCCGAGUCACGUGCGCAAUUAAGACCGAUAUCGAUAGAUAUCGAAAUUGAUGCAAUGUUGACCUGCAAAUAUGAUUAAUAAUAAAUAUAAAUAUGUGUAUAUAUAUUGUGACGUGGCGGCCAUGGAGGCACCCGUCACAAAGUAAUAAGAACUGAUUUCGCGAAUAUUUUCGCCGCCGCGACCGAGCCCGCGUUUUGUUUCGCGUACGCCGGCGUCCGCCGGCAGUUAAGCAAUUCGGAAAGUUCGUGGGGUAGAUAGAGAGGUCAUCGCGCCCCGAGCUUUGUGCCCCCAGGCUCCCCUUUUGGUCGACCAGCGAAGAGGAGGGAAGCCGAGGACGCCGUGGGACGAGAGAACAUCGCCUACACCACUAUCGCCACCGCUCAGGUGAAUACGCUCCUGAUCAGGAUAACGAUCUUCUUUUCCGUCGAUUGCCAGAAUAGUUCUCGAAAAUUCGAUCACUAUCGGACAGAGAAUAUUCUGGAAUCGUAUAUCGCGUGCCGAAAUAUUCGAUCGAUCACGAAUAUUCAGCAGCGCGAUAAUUGCCGCCAUCACGCCGAGAGCCAGAGCUGUCGUACUGUUUACGUUUUCAGCUUGACAUUUCUCGAGGGGUUAGGGGGGCCCACUCAGCUGAGACGGGAAACAGUGCCACUGGAUCAAGGCCACGAAAUACGCCGGCGAGAAGAACAGUCUCGAAUAAUAAUAAUCCAGGCUACCGAAUUUUCGAGACCACAAAAGGAUUGAGAGCAGACGAGAGGGGCGGCGGAGGCGGAGGAGCGGAUCAGCGAUCGACAGGACGAGGGCGAUCGGAGCGAGCAAUCUCCUAUCGGCCACUGUUGCGACGAGACGAUUCACUUGACUUUCGUAGUACCGAUCCCAAGUCUUUUCUUUUUCCGAGCUGUUGGUGAUAGCGCGGAAGAGCGGACGGU